CGCCGCAGCCCGAGAGGGGAUAUGUGUAACCUUAUCCUCUCGUUCAUUAAUAAAAAACGGAGUUAUUAUGUUGAUUGGGUUUCCAGUGGAGAGCAACGGGACUCAGCAGAUGUAAUCUCGAGGAAAAAAAAACGAUAUUGGAGCAGCACUGAGCAGUUUGGUUAUUCGUAGUUAUUUAUCCAAAGUGGGAGCAAUCCACAAACACGUUUUUGUUUGUUUGUUAUUGGGGUGUGGGGGGCUUUUUGCGCCAACUUUUACGCACGCAUGUCGCGCACUGAACUCUUAUUUCUUUGGAGUUUUUUUCUUUAUGUCUGUAUUUUGCUCGUCUAACCGUCUCCUCUGUGAACUAACAAACAAAACUGCAGACAGUGUUUUUUUUAAUGUUGCGUUGUUUUGGAGGGGAAAGAAAAAAAACUUUGAUGAACUCAUUAAGACUUUAUAGGAAACCCGAGACCUAAACGCCCAGCUCCGUCGGCCAACAUACACUGUUGGGUCUACUUCUCGGUGCUGUGUGCUCGUGCUGGAUACGUUCUCAGAAAUAAACACGGAUUAAAAGUAAGCCCGGUUUAUAGAGUGGUGGAAAACUGGCUCAUUUGUGACAGUUUCAUGUGAAAAUAUCUUGUGCAGUCAUCAUAGGAGCGCAUAAGGGCCGGUUGGAAGAUGGUUUAAUGAUGAAUUAAUGAUGUACUUUCCAAAAAAUCCAAAUUAGAGCCACAUUUUUUGGUCAGAGCUGUGAAUAAAUAGCAUAAAAGUGAACUUUAUAGACUAUAUAGUGCAAUUACGCACAACAAAAUGUGGUCGUGCGCUUUGGAAAAUGGUAUUUCUAUCUAUCUAUCUAUCUAUCUAUCUAUCUAUCUAUCUAUCUAUCUAUCUAUCUAUCUAUCUAUCUAUCUAUCUAUCUAUCUAUCUAUCUAUCUAUCUAUCUAUCUAUCUAUCUAUCUAUCUAUCGUGUUUCAGAGGGGAAGACAGUGCAGGAAGAAAAGGAGCUCUGUUUAUUUCACGGUCUCAUGUGCCAUCUAGUGGGUAAAGUUGGGAACUGCAGCGUCUGCAGGCAGUAGUUAGGUUUCACAGUUGGUGGUUCAUGGGUUAAAAUGAACUAUGGAUUUCUUUACGCCAAGAAGCCAAGAGCAUUAACAGUGAUAAACUCGAGUUUUGCACAUUUAAAGAUGAGCCAGUUUUCACUAUACUGCUGCUGCUGUAUCCUUUAAGUUGCCCACUGCCGCACGCGGUGUGGGAGGGAGGCGGCGACUCAUUUGGGUGGCAUAAAUCACUCAGCAGGUAUUUGAAUGCUGGGCUUUCUGUGGCAGUGGCUGGCUGGGGUUGGCCUGGAGGUCAGCUAUAAUCUGGAGGGAUGCUCAUCUAUUACUAAAUGUGCUCUGAAGCUGUGUCAGAUUGAAAACAGAUCUCAAGGAAGCAAGCUCUCACAUGUGUCAGCCAUUACUGCAGACAACUCAAUUAGGUCUAAAUGCCUUUUUUUAACUGCUGCAUUGUGGCACACUAAGGGGUCCUCGUGUAGACGUUUUGAUAUUAUUCGCUAUUCUUUUUCUUCCUCCCCCUCCACGUUGAACAUUUGGCAUUGUGCGCUAUACAUGCUGAACGUGACAAAACAUGUUGCUGGGUAAAUAGCUCCGGCCGACACGGUUCUUCAGGAACUGAGCAAAGACGGAUGCCCACAAGGGAGAAGCAGCAGAAGGCAGAGAACAAAUGCUGCUAUAGGUCACGCAUAUCUAUUUAAAUGUAGCGGGCAUGCUUCACUCUUUCAUCUCGCCUGUCGGGUGUUCAUGCUGCCUAGUAAUGGCUUAUAAGAUAUCAUGCAUGCUGCCAGCUUUAAGAUGAAGCCAUAAAGUGUGCUGACAUGUGCAGGGAGGCCGGGGAACAUUACUGAAUGUGUAAUAAUACUGGCCAUGCUAGUCCUUUCAUGCUUUAGAGAAACUUUUCAGCAUCUGUCAGAGGAGGCAUUUAUCACUUUAAUCCCCACCUGGCACAAAGAAUAAAUGCAAGGGUAAGUUACAUAUCCCUGCCAUACAGCCGCGCUCUCAAAACAGAUGAACAGGUGGUCAUCUAGACACGUCAAAGCCAAACAGUAGACAGAGUCCACACACUCACCUGCUCCUAUUGUUCGGGGUGUUUCAUGCUCUAGGCGUGUUGUCAUGAAUAAAGGCAUGUUUGAGCAGCAGUUAUUGCGGGCUUUAUCUCUCCUGCACUCCAUGUUAUUAGCUCAGCGUGUCAUGUUUAGUUGGUCAUGCAUUAGAUGAAACCUGAGUGUUUCUGCCAGGAUUUCAUUCAGAAAAUCUGCAUUUUAGACGAUCUGGGUGGAAGGAACUGCACUUUAAGCAAACAAAUUGUCUCCAAAAAAAGCCUCUGCAUGUAGCUCCUCUCUUUGCUUUAUUAUUCAUUAUGUUAACACUCCAGCCACUUUUUUAUUAACUGUGGAAUCCGCAUAACAUCUCCCUUCGCUGGAUGUAUGAAACAGGAGCAAACCAAUCAGUUGUCACAUUUAGCCCUUAGCAGAUAUAAGCCAGAGAUUCUCCGCCAGUCCCACAGCAAUUAAAUGAUUCAUUGGCUUUAUCGCAUUUUAACAGGAUGUUGAUUGAGAGCAUAAGCCAUAUUGAUUGUCCUGAUGGAAACAGGAAAUCACAGAGAUAGAAAUAAAAUCAUCUGUUGUUCCCGGUGUGAGGAUACCCGGGGGAACGGCAUGCAAUUGCACGCUGUUGAGUGGCAUUACCCCCAGCAACCUCCACCCCUCCAUUCUCUCCCCUAUGGAGACCUGGAAGAGACGUCAUCUGUGGUUGUUAUGCUGCGAAAUGACGCUGGCACUCUCUCCACCCCCUGCUACUGCAAUAUUACCCCUGUGGUCUGUUACGGAAGAUGCAGCACUCUACGUCUGCACCAUUUCCAGCAUGAAGUUUGACGCCUAACAGUAAUCAGCCCUCUGCCUUCAUUUCCCUCAUGUGGAAGUGGAACCAUUUGAGCGCAAUGCUGAUAAUAAUAUCAGCCUAAAUGCUUCCUACACAUAAAGCUCGUGACUGGCCUCAAUCCCGUAAACCUACGUGCUUUCCCGGAGCUGGGAAGCCUCACAGAAAACAUUCCUGUUAUUGAAACCUUUAACGGCAGUGAAGGAUUAAUCAGCUCGACUUCGCAUGACAGGAAGGGAUUUCUGUAUUUUUCGUUAAUAUUCAAUGAAAACGUGAUAAUUAGCUCUUUAUGCUCGGCUUUGUCCUCAGUGUUGUGUUAGUUGGUGAGAGGAAAAAUACCCCCAUCUCCCUGCAAACACAUACAAGCCAGCCCCUCCCCAUGCCCUCCCUCUAACACACACACUCACACACUCUGGAGGAGAAACGUCACUGAGCUCGGGGAAUGAGUGGCUCAUUAAGAAGAAGGAUGUAAUAUUCUGAAUAGAGACUCCCAGCACGUCUAUUUUUAGACGAGAUAUCUCUAUGGCAGUCACUAUGGUGUCGGUUAAUUGCAGCCACAGCCCCAGAUACCAAUUAAGAAUGAAACAAAUGCUUUUAAGGUGGGGUUUCGCUCCUCCCUACUGUAAAGGUCCUUGUGUCCAUUCUGAGUGGAGGCAGGGGUGAUUUUGCUCGCCGUGUUUUCCCGUGUCAGGUUGGGACAUGCAGAGUGCAGUCAAAGCCUCGGCCAGGCUAUUUUUAAAUGAGCCCCUGUGGAAAGCAAGAUCUAGAUUUUUUUUUUCAUUAUGGUUGCUUUUAUAUCCGUCGGAUGUCCACCAGUUCAUUGAUUUGCUGUGAAUCUUAGAGCUUCUCAGAGUUCCACCAGGUUAGAAGAGUGAUGACCAUCCUGUUCCUUACUAUGGUUAUUUCAUACUUCAGUUGCAUGAGAGCUGCGCCCCUGAGAGAUGCCCCGGGCAUGCGGGGCCAUCGGACGGAAGGCUACUUGGGCGCUGCUGCGACGGCCGCUCGAGGCCACGGGACUCCACAGAGUGGCGGCGGGCCAGGCCAGCGUGGGGAGCUGCCCUCGCUCACAGACACAUUUGAGCAGGUGAUAGAGGAGCUGCUGGAGGUGGAGGGCGAGGCGGCACAGCUGGGACAGGGGGCUGAUAAGAGCCAGGGAGGUGGGGGCCCGUCGUCUGUGGUCGCCACGGAGACCAAGGAUGUCGACCUGUACGACUCGCGGGUGAUGAUCAGCAACCAAGUGCCUUUGGAGCCGCCGUUGCUCUUUCUUCUGGAGGAAUACAAAAACUAUCUGGAUGCUGCUAAUAUGUCCAUGAGGGUGCGGCGACACUCCGAUCCCUCGCGGCGCGGAGAGCUCAGUGUAUGUGACAGUAUUAGCCAGUGGGUGACAGCUGUGGAUAAAAAGACGGCAAUAGACAUGUCUGGGCAGACAGUUACCGUCAUGGAAAAGGUCCCUGUCCCCAAUGGCCAACUGAAGCAAUACUUUUAUGAGACCAAAUGCAACCCCAUGGGGUACACAAAGGAGGGCUGCAGAGGAAUAGACAAGCGGCAUUAUAAUUCCCAAUGCAGGACAACCCAGUCCUACGUGCGAGCGCUUACCAUGGAUAGCAAAAAGAAGAUUGGCUGGCGGUUUAUAAGGAUAGACACUUCAUGUGUAUGCACAUUGACCAUUAAAAGAGGGAGAUAGUGUAUAAAAUGUAUAGAUUUUAUUGAAGAGUUUAAAAAAGAGAAUAAAGAGAAAAUAUCUAUUUGUAUAUAUACAUAACAGGGUAAAUUAUUCCGUCAAAUGAAAAUUUUAUGGACUGCAUGUAAAAAAAGAUGAAGUUUAUACAGUAAAAGUGAUACUACAGUCUAUUUAUUGAACAUAUUCAUGACCUUGUAAACAAUUAAAAAAAAUCUGAUCAGUCA